GAAAAAAAGCAUUGUGUGCCGCUGGCUUUAGUCGAGAAUUUGAUAUUUUUACCGCGCGAGGUCUCCAGAGCGAUUCGAAAAUUGUUCGCCCUUUCUGUUAAAUGAAUUUUUCUGUUAUGAUAGCUUCCUUCCACAGCUGAUCUAUAUAUGCCCGGUUCGUCGACGUUCGGCCGUAUAAUGUAGAUUAUAGGAAUAUUGAACCAAAUAUAAACGCUUCAGAAGUUUUGGCGAUAUCUUGCUCAUCUUAAAUUUGCAACAAAUCACAAAUUUUUACCUAUCCUGCGGUUAGUACAUAAUAAAAUAAAUUUAGAAAGAUGAUCGUCAAAUUCGAAAAGAUAAUAAGUUGUUCUUCGGAACACCCGUCGUAUCCUGCCGCCAAUCUUCUCCAACGUAACUCAGAAAAUUGGAAAGCUACGUGGAGAUGUGGUAAGCCGGGAGAAAUGUUGGCACAUGUCAUUUUUCAACUUACUGAACCUUGUUACAUCACGGGAGUCGAUAUUGGUAAUUAUCAGAGUUGUGUCGUGAUCAUUACCGGAUCUACGUCCUCAGAGCCUGACAACUGGCUAGUCAUUGUGAACCACAAAUUUAUGACAAACGAUGAAGCUGCAAACAAUAAGUUUAAGGAUCAAGUUCAAUUAUUUACUAAAAGGGAAUUAAAUCCAGACACUUUGAAGAUUAAAUUUGACCGAAUCAAGGUUACUUGUAUGCAAUCAGCAAAUUUGAAAGUGUUGUUUGGAUUAUCAUACAUUAUUUUAAGAUCGGACCUUACGAUUGAUUUAGGUUUGGAUGCAUUUGGCAAGUUUAAAUUUAAACAACCACAUGUCAUUAAGACGCCCAUGGAAAUGAUGAAAGAAAAAAUCCUCAGCAAGGUAGAAGAUAAAACAAAUUAUAAGAAAGAAUUACAUGAACAAAUAAGAAAAAAUUCAAUGGAGAAUUUUGUUAAAUGUCAAGAAGAGCAAAAAAUUACAAAAAGACCGUUAUUGGAAAAGUUAGAAGCUGGAGAAGCUGAUCAGAUUUUCGGGAAAAAUAAAACGCAAUCACAAAGUACGAAAGAUAAAGAUAUAUCUCAAAAUUUUCAAAAUAACAAAGAUGUAUCAAAUAAAAAAGUAGUGAGAACUCCUUUUGGAGAUGUUGUACCUUCGGUAAACAUGGAUACUAAUAAAAAUAAUAACAAUACUGCUCACAGUCUUUCAAAUUCUAAGAAACGCUCCUUGAAUAAAUUGAAAGAUUCAUCGAAUACAAAUGUUGAUGAGAAGAAGAAACAAAAAUGUUCUGAAUGUUGCAUGGAUUCGCAGGAUCGAUUAUGUGUCACUUGUCAAAGAUUACCACAGCCUAAAAAUAUAAAAAAUGCUACUUUGAAAACAAGUAAUGUUUCUGCAAACCUCAAGAAACCGUUCAAGGAAUUAUUCAAUGACGUUACAUUUUCUCUUAGUGGAUAUGUUAAUCCACAAAGAGAUGAAAUUAGAAGAAAAGCUCUUGCUAUGGGCGCCAGAUAUAUUCCCGAUCCAAAUACGACCAAUAAAAAAUGCACUCAUUUGAUAUGUGCUUUUAAAAAUACGCCAAAAUACCAACAAUUUAAAAAUCACACAAAAAUUGUCUCUCAUACCUUCAUUGAAGAAUGUUUUGAUAAGAAGAAGAGAUUUUCUUGGAGACGAUAUGCUUUAGACCAAAAAGACAGCGUGCAGCCUGAAAGCGAAGAAGAGAUUGAUGGUGAUCAAUCAGAAUCUGCAUACGAUGUGGACACUGAUGCUGAUUCUGAUUAUUAACAUUUUAAUUGAAUAUACAUUUGAUUUUUUAUUUCUCUAAAUACUUACUAUUUUUAUGACUGAUUGUAACUGACAUUUUCUUUCAAUUGUUAAUAAAUAUAUUUUGAUAUACAUAUGUAAA